CAGCAUCUGUCUCCUCCCCCCCACCCAUCAACACGCGCCCCAACCCAUCAAUGCAGCGAAAUUCUUCCCCCCAAGCCUGGCAGCCGGGGCUCCUGGCGGGACAACCAGCACCUCACUCCGCCUAUGUCGCCGCUCCCUCCUCUAUCUCACUCACCCGCCUCUCUUCCCAUUCCUUCUCUUGUGUUCUUGCUUUUUCCCAUUCCCCUUCCCCUUUCCCUCCCCUCCCCUCUUCUCCACUGCAGCAGCAUCAGUCUCCUCCCCGCCGCCCAUCAACACGCGCCCAACCCAUCAAUGCAACGAAUUCUUCCCCCAAGCCUGGCAGCCGGGCAAAAGGAGAUGCAGCAUUGGCAAAGCUGCAGCACACGAAUCUGGCAGCCAUCCUGGGAUAUGCAGCGGACAAGGAGGACAUGCAGAUCGCUCUUAUUCUUGUUCCCCCAUCUCCCCCCCCCGCCUUCUACUCACUCUCCCCUUUGCUCUCACUGCUUGUUUGCUCUUUCUAUCGCUGCAGCAAAGAGAUGGCUGCACUGGCGAAGCUGCAGCACACAAAUCUGGCAGCCAUACUGGGAUAUGCAGCGGACAAGGAGGACAUGCAAAUCGCCUAUGACCUCCCUCCCAACUGCACGUGCCUCGAGAACUACCUCUUUCCAGGUAUGCUGAGAGAAUAUUCCCCUUUAAGGAGUGAUUUGAUUAUAUAUGACAAGGAGGAUAUGCAGAUCGCCUACGACCUCCCUCCAAACUGCACGUGUCUUGAGAACUACCUCUUCCCAGGUAUAGGAUGGAGAGGGAGAGUUUUGCCGCUGAGAGUACGCCUCAAGGUGGCAGUGGGGAUCGCCAAGGGGCUGACCUUCCUGCACUCGAGUGCAGUGGUGCAUGGGAACCUGCUGUCGAGAAACAUCAUGCUGGAUAAGAACUUUACGGUGCUGUUGACUGGCUAUGGUUUGGCGACCAUGCUGUCCAAGACAAGCACUCGCAAGAACCUCAAAGGCCCGGGCGGCAUGGCCAAGGACGCGUUUGAAAACAGGGUGGCCCGGACGGCAUGGCCAAGGACACGCCCGGACGGCAUGGCCAAGGACGCGUUUGACUAUGGGGUGGUGCUAUUCGAGCUGCUGACGGGCCGCAGGGGCGCGCUGGUGGCGGACAGGGAGGGCGCGGACGGGCUCAUCGCGUGGGCGAGAGCCGCGCAUCGAGGAGUACGAGCUCAGCGCUGCUUGCGCCGAGCCACUAAACGCAUGGUGGUGCGCAUGUUGGAUGUGCUGGCCAAGGAGUGCGUUCAGGAGGACCCCAGAUGCCGACCUACUAUGAAGGAUCUGGUGGUGAGACUAUACAGUCUCCAAGAAUCUCUGCAUCGCAGUAGCGAGGAGUGGGAGAGUGGGUACCGGGGGAGUGGGUAUGGGGGAGAGGGGACUGGGGGAGUGGGCUGA